AUGUCUUGGUGUACUAUUGAGUCUGAUCCUGGUGUGUUUACCACCCUUAUUGAAGAUAUUGGCGUAAAGGGCGUCCAGGUUGAGGAGCUCUAUACAUUAGAUGAACAGCAGUUCACCGAUUUGUCACCCGUCUACGGCCUCGUGUUUCUAUUUAAGUACGAGUCCAACCAUGAAGAAGAUGAUCAACAUGCUGAAUUUGCUCAAGAGGAAGACGGACUUUUUUUUGCCAAGCAGGUUAUUAGUAAUGCUUGCGCUACUCAGGCUAUUCUGUCCAUUCUACUCAACUCACAGGAGAUUGAAUUGGGCGAAACCUUGUCGGAUUUUAAAGCAUUUACGAGCGAUUUUCCAUCAGAUCUCAAGGGACUUGCUAUCUCCAAUAGUGAUAAAAUUCGUUUAGCUCAUAACUCAUUUGCCCGGGCAGAACCUUUCGUGGUGGAGGAGAGAAAGGCAACGGAAGAUGACGACGUGUAUCACUUUGUGGCGUUUGUGCCAGUAAAUGGCAAAGUGUAUGAGCUGGAUGGACUACGAAACGGUCCAGUUUGCUUAGGUGAUGUGCCAGACGUUGAGUGUCAUGACUCUUGGCUACAGGUGGCGUGUCCUGUGAUCCAGAAAAGGAUUGAGAAGUACGCUGCAUCAGAAAUCCGCUUUAAUUUGUUGGCGCUCGUGCGUAACCGGAUACAAACAUAUGAAGAGCAGCUUCAGGCUGUCAUUGAGGCUGGUGGAAGUGAGCAGCAAGCAGCACAGAUCCAGGCAGAUCUUGCUGCGGAACACCAAAGACGCGAGAACUGGGCGUUGGAAAACAAACGUCGCAAGCACAACUACAUCCCGUUCAUCGUCCAGCUGCUCAAGACAUUGGCCGAAAAGAAACAGUUGGAACCUUGA